CAGGAUGGUGUCCUGGAUGAUCUGUCGCCUGGUGGUGUGAGUAUGAACCCUGUGAGACCCCCUCUGAUCCCUGGUGCCAGCCUGCCUUUGGGAUGGAAACUGGGAACGUUUGGUAAAGAAGAGGAUUUUCUGAACUCCCUCAGCCCUUUCCUAACACACGCUUAACGGUCCUGGAGCUCUGAAGUGGGACCUGGUCACUGAAUGCCUUGCUCCCAACCGGCAUCCUUCUAGGCUGAUUGGGGACCCUUCCUACAUGCGCACACACUGCAGACAGGUGCAGGCAGGGCUCAGGCCUUGCCACCCGCAGCCCAGUGAGAAGGUGAUAGGCACUGCUGUGGGCGGAGAAUCCAGGUGCCGCCCUCCCAUCUGAGCAGCCCCAUGACCCACCACCCCUAGCUUCAGCCUCCGAAGUCUACCCCUCACUUUUGGAUAGUCCGACACCUGGUUCCAAUGUCUCUGGCUGCAUCCCGGUGGCCCUGGGCCUGAUUGCGUGGAGUGGGAGGGGACAGCUUGGUGCUCUCACCGGCCUUGUUGUGUGUUCUCAGCCUGUCCUGUACCCAUGGGCCACCAGUGCAGGCCCGAGCAGGCUUGGGAUGUUUGUAAACAGCCGGGUGGGGAGGCAGCCUCCAGGGCACUGACUCAGGCACCUUGGGUUGUGCAAGCCAAGCGGGAAAAACAGGGCAGGCACUGCCACCACGCAUCCAGGUUGGGGGAAUCAGCCACCUGGCAGGGAGAGGGGGGGGCAUGGUGCCCCCUCACACUUCCUAUGGCUGCUGUUCCAGGCUCUUAUUUGGGAUGCUGUAUCCUGCAUAUGCUUCCUACAAGGCUGUGAAGAGCAAGAACAUUCGAGAAUAUGUCCGGUGGAUGAUGUACUGGAUUGUCUUUGCCAUCUUCAUGGCCACAGAGACCUUCACGGACGUCUUCAUUUCCUGGUUGGGCACGAGGAUCGGCAGGCCGUGGGUUGGGAGGCCUACCCCACUACCUGGCUCCUGGCUCACACACACACUCCUCUCCUGCUCCCCCAGGUUCCCUUUUUACUAUGAGAUCAAGAUGGCCUUCGUGCUGUGGCUGCUCUCGCCUUAUACCAAGGGGGCCAGCCUGCUUUACAGAAAGUUUGUCCACCCGUCCCUAUCCCGCCAUGAGAAGGAGAUCGAUGCGUGCAUUGUGCAAGCCAAGGAACGCAGCUACGAGACCGUGCUCAGUUUCGGGAAGCGGGGCCUCAACAUCGCCGCCUCAGCUGCUGUGCAGGCUGCUACCAAGAGUCAGGGUGCUCUGGCUGGAAGGCUACGGAGCUUCUCCAUGCAGGACCUCCGCUCUAUCCCGGACACCUCUGCUCCCACCUACCAAGAUCCCCUCUACCUGGAAGACCAGGUGCCCCGACGCAGGCCCCCCAUUGGGUACCGGCCGGGUGGCCUGCGAGAUAGUGACACAGAGGAUGAGUGUUGGUCAGACAAUGAGGUCGUCCCCCAGCCACCUGUCCGGUCCCGAGAGAAGCCUCUGAGCCGCAGCCAAAGCCUUCGGGUGGUCAAGAGGAAGCCAUUGGUGCGAGAGGGCACCUCGCGCUCCCUGAAGGUCCGAACCCGGAAAAAGACAAUGCCCUCGUACAUGGACAGCUAGAUUCUGCAGUCAGGCCAUCUUACCUCUUGAGCCAGCAGGGGACCUUUUGCUGCUACACCGGUUGCCUGGGCUCCGCCCCUUCUGGCUUCUGCAGCUGCCUAAGGGGGGGGGGCACACAUGGUGUGGUACCCGGCAUGGGGAUGCACCUACAGUAUACCAAAGCAGGCCAAGCCCAGGGGCCUA